AUGACAGGUAAAAGAGCUUCCUGGUGCUGUGUGUAAAUUACCCUGCAGAAUUGCAAAGACAAAAAUCCAAAUUGUUGUCUGCAUGUCAAACAGAAGACAAUUAAUCCUGGAUACACCGCAGAUGUUGGCAGCACAGAAUUAACACAAAGGUUGGCAGUGACCCUGAGGGAUUUGUUAGUUCAAAAGAGAUCAAGCGCAGCGCAGCGGAAUUAAGCAAGAGGAUGCAAGCAGACAAGUAGAACAGGUAGCGGUGCGGUGACCUCUUUCUAAAUGGGCUAUGUCCCGAGUCUUAUUAAGGCUUAGCGCAUGAGUCCUCAUUGGUCAGUCUUCAAGUGACAAGCCGGCAUAGUUUGAAUGAAAAAAGAAAAAUAGUACAAAUACUAGGAAGGGCAUGCUACAGCUUCAUUACUUGGAUCACGGGAGAAAUCUUGACAACUCCAGGGUGGACGUGUCUUUUGACAAAGCUUGAGUCUGUCCUUCAAAAUGGAACUCUUUCUGAGGCUUCUCUGUGCCAUGUGCCUGGUUGGGACAGUCCUGAGCCACGACAUGCCUUACGAGGAACAAAUGGCCCAAAUUCAAGCGUGCCCUCAAGAAUGCCGCUGCCCUUCCAACUUCCCCCGUGCCGUCUACUGUGACAAUAAAGGUCUGACGAGAAUCCCCCCAAUCCCCCCAUUCACCUGGUACCUCUACCUGCAGAAUAAUCAAAUUCAAGAGGUUACGGCCGACGCCCUUCGCAACGCUACCCAGCUGCGUUGGGUGAAUCUGAGUCGCAACAAAAUAACCAGCGAGGGAGUGGAAAAAGACACCCUGGACGCAAUGACACACCUAGAACACCUCUACAUGGAUGACAAUCUCUUAUCCUGGGUGCCGUUUCCUCUUCCGGCCAGCCUGGAGCACUUGAGUCUUUCUCGCAAUCGGAUCUCGAAGAUCCCUGACGGGGUCUUCUUUGGCUUGGAUAAGCUGACCCUCUUAGACCUGCAGGGGAAUAAGCUGAUGGAUGAUGCCGUGACUGAGGUCAGCCUGAAGGGUCUUAACAACCUGGUGCAGAUCAACCUUGCCAAGAACCAGUUGAGCAGUAUGCCUCUUGGCCUUCCCCCCACCACCACUCAGCUCUUCCUUGAUGGCAACAACAUCGACAAAAUCCCCACAGGCUACUUCAAAGGUUUGCCCAAGGUGGCUUUCCUGAGGCUAAACCACAACAAGCUUGGAAGUAGUGGUGUUCCUAACAACGUGUUCAACAUCUCCAGCAUCCUGGACCUGCAGCUGUCGCACAACCUGCUCACUGAGGUUCCCCUGAUCCCCCCAGGCCUUGAACAGCUCUACCUGGACCACAACAACAUUAAAACCGUGAGUGGCUCCAACGUCUGCCCCAUGGACAUUGAUACCGUGGGUGCUAAUGAUAGCGUGCCACGACUGCGCUUCCUCCGACUGGAUGGCAACAAUAUCGAACCGCCGAUCCCCAGGGAUGUCAUUCUCUGCUUCCGUCUCCUUAGGUCCAUUGUCAUCUAAAUAAGCAAACAUGUCUGAACGUCGGACACGUGUGGCAAGAGAUAAGAUUCCUUUUCUCAUUUACCUUUUCAGGGAUUUUAUUCAACUCAGUUUAAUGGAGUACUAGUUGUGCCUUCAAUGUUCAAAUCUGCUGAUAAUUUAGAUGAUAACAUCAGAAGACCUUGAACUGAAACCCAAAUCUUUUGACUUUUGUUUUCUAUUGUUUGAAGUUGUUAGUUGUUGAGAAAUAGCCAUUUAUUUUCUAUUCAUUGUUCCUUUUGGAAUUCUGGUCUCUGUGUAAGAUUUAUUCUUCAGUUUUAAUAAAA